CACAUACACACAAACACACCACUACACAUACAUACGCACCCUACCACACAUAAACACACUCACACACCCCACACACAUAUACAAACACACAUACAAACACACCACUACACACAUACGCACCCCACCACACAUGCACAAACACAUACACACAAACACCCACACAUUAAUAAUAACCAGAUAAUGCAAAAGAAAAAAUUAGUAAGUUGCCCCAGUAAUGUCGCUUUAUAAUUCUGUUCCACCGUGACUCAGCUCAUAUUGGCAGCUAGAAAAUUUUACAUCGCAUGUAUACAACAUGUGGCUUCCACUGAAUUCUGUUUUCCGUUUUCCCAAGAAGCAUUUCAUGUGGCUCAGGCCAAUACUAUGUAAGUAGAGUCUGGUCUUGAACUCCUGAUUCUACCAUCUCUCCAAACCGUGAGCUGAGAUCACAGGCAUGCACCACCGUGCCCAGCUGUGCUUUGUGUUUCUGGUAGACUGCAUUGCCUGGAAGACUCAUAGCACUGACUUGCAGAUAGUCACUUGUGCUCUGUUUGUUCACCGUGGAUGAGGUGAGGUAGCCUGGUGGAGCUUGCAAAGUGGAGGUACAAACAGCAGGAUGUGAUAGAGCAGACGGGAAAUAAACUGUUUAAAGUGCUUCUAUCGCUGGGAGAUGUGUAGUCAUGGUAAAAAAAAAAAAGUGCUGGCUGUGACUCCAUUUUUCCUCCCCUACGCAUCUUUCCCAGCCCUCUUUAAAAGUCUGUCACGGGCCUAUGGAGGCAUCACCACAGUUGCCUCCGUGUUGUACACACCCCAGCUCAAGGGCCUUAUCUGAGUCCCCACAUGCCCUGUCCACUGACUCUCAGGCCUUGUGCUGGCUGAUACCGCCAAUCUCCCUGGAGACAGGUGUUGCAGAGCUGGGGAGGCAGCGGUCCUCUGUGAGCCAGGCUCCUCCCUUUCCCAAAGAUAGAUCUCUUUUAACGGUGGACUGCUGAGAGACUAAACACUCUCAUCUUCCUGUGGGCAGCUCCAGGCGGACAGAAAGGGACGGCGAGCCCCUAAGCCAUGGGUACCGGUCCAGAGAUACUCCAGCGUUUCUAGAUGAUGCUGUGAGCUCCUGGGUCACUUCCUUCGGCUAUUUCGUCAUUUCUGCUGUUGGCAGAAGUGUGUCCGCUCCUGGGAGAACAGGACAAGGGACCCCUGGUGCCAGAGAUGCAAUUGGGCCCCUUGUCCAAGUGUGUGUGACUGUGUCUAUGUUCAGGCAUGGUGUGUGUGUGGAGUGUAUUCUUCACACGAAGCAGAGAUGGUGACUUCCGGGAAGCAGAAGGCCCAGCAGGAUUGACAUGGCCUCAGCUCCUUCUGUGACUAGUCUGGCAGAUGAGGUCAACUGCCCUAUCUGCCAAGGCACCCUAAGGGAGCCAGUUACCAUCGACUGUGGCCACAACUUCUGUCGUGGCUGUCUCACUCGCUACUGUGAAAUCCCAGGCCCGGAAUCGGAGGAGUCCCUCAGCUGCCCGCUCUGCAAAGAGCCUUUCCGACCAGGGAGCUUCCGGCCCAACUGGCAGCUGGCCAACGUGGUAGAGAACAUCGAACGCCUUCAGCUGGCAUCCACGCAAGGUCUGGAGGUGGAGGAUGCCUGUCCUGAACACGGAGAGAAAGUCUACUUCUUCUGCGAGGAGGAUGAGGCACAGCUGUGUGUGGUGUGCCGUGAAGCCGGACAGCAUAGGGCUCACACCGUGGGCUUCCUGGAGGAUGCAGCAGGUCCCUACAGGGAACAAAUACAGAAGUGUCUUAUGGGUCUAAGGAAAGAGAGAGAGGAGAUUCAAGAAAUCCAAUCAAGGGAAAACAAAAGGAUACAGGUUCUCCUGACUCAGGUGGCCACCAAGAGACAGCAGGUGAUUUCUCAGUUUGCACAUCUGAGUCGGGUCCUAGAGGAACAACAGAGUGUCCUUUUAGCCCAGCUGGAGAGGUUGGAUGGGGAUAUCCUGAAGCAACAGGAAGAGUUUGAUUCCCUGGCCACAGGGGAGAUCUGCCGGUUCAGCACCCUGAUUGAGGAGCUGGAGGAGAAGAACAAGCGGCCAGCGAGGGGCCUCCUGACAGAUAUCAGGAGCACUCUAAUAAGAUGUGAAACUAGAAAGUGCCGGAAACCCGAGGCUAUCUCCCCAGAGCUGGGCCAGAGGAUCCGGGACUUCUCCCAACAGGCCAUCCCUCUGCAGCAGGAGAUGAAGACGUUCCUGGAAAAACUCUGCUUUGAGUUGGACUAUGAGCCAGCCCACAUUGCCCUAGACCCCCAGACUUCCCACCCCAAGCUCCUCCUGUCUGAAGAUCACCGGAGGGCUCGGUUCUCCUACAAAUGGCAGAAUUCACCAGAUACUCCGCAGCGUUUUGACAGAGUCACCUGUGUCCUGGCCCAACGUGGCUUUACGGGAGGGAGACACACUUGGGUGGUGAACGUUGACUUGGUCCACGGAGGCAGCUGCACGGUAGGCGUGGUGAGAGAGGACAUCCGACGGAAAGGAGAGCUGCGGCUGAGACCGGAGGAAGGCGUCUGGGCCGUGAGACUGGCUUGGGGAUUUGUCUCAGCGCUGGGUUCCUUCCCCACAAGGCUGGCCCUGGACGAGCAGCCCCGAAAGGUGCAGGUGUGUCUUGACUACGAGGUAGGCUGGGUGACCUUUGUCAACGCUGUCACCCAGGAGCACAUCUAUACCUUCACUGCCUCCUUCACACGGGAGAUCUUUCCCUUGUUCGGACUCUGGGGCAGAGGCUCGAGUUUUUCCCUGAGCUGCCGAGAAGGUGCAGUGUCCCUCCUCUGAGUACAAGCCUGAAGUCAAGCAUCCUGGGGAGUUGACCCUUGCCUGGACGACCAGGCACAAAAAUGGCUUUUUAAAACAAUUGCUAGGGCAUAUGUCCGCAAGGGACAAGAUGGUAGGACCUUUAGUCCGAUCAUUGUUCAAGCCUUCCCCAGCGCCCAUCAGAUAGGUGGUCAGGGCAUCUGCGACCUUGGCUGCCGCUGGCUGUACCCACCAUUGUCGUCAAUGGG